AUGCCAGCCAGCAGUCAGUAACAAACAUCACCAAACGCCAAGGCCGAUUUAAUAUAAAUUCUGAAACUGCCUUGCUUUCAACCUCCAGUAAGCCAACACACUCGUUGGUAAUAAGCGACAGUGCUUUUCCAACCGUCGGACAACCAUGCGUCUCUUCUGUUACUGUCUACUGCUGCUCGGUUUGGCAACGAACCAAGUUUUGACAGACUCGACAAGUAAACCUCCAUUUCGCGAAGGUAUCGAGUAUCGAUACGAAUGGGAGGCGUCGAUGGAGAGCGACUCGGGGGUAAACAAUCAGGUAGCCACAUCGACUUGGCUCAGGGGACAACUUUACGUCAUCACCAAAGUUGAAGACACCAAAUGGCGAUCACUUUUAAAAAUUAAGAAUGUUUCUCUGGCGAUGAAGCAUGGGGAAAAAUCUUCUCAGACUGGCAAUUCAUUUAUCGAAUUGACGGAACUUAACGAACAGUUGAGCAAACCGUUUCAUCUUCUCUACUCGGGAUCCAAAGUCGAAGGAGCUGCUUUCCCGGAUGACAAAGAGCCACUUUGGUCGACCAACUUUAAGCGUUCCAUUGCAUCGAUACUGCAAGUCGAUCUAUCCGGCAUCAACAAUUACAUUUAUAGCGACAAAGAGUUAUCGCUGUACGGAAAAUGCGAAGUCAACUACUACUCCUCGCCUAUGGGUGAGAACCAGCACAGUGUGACAAAGCAUCGGGACUUGGAUUCGUGCCCAGAGUUGCCACUGGGUCGAUGGAGGACUUUUAUCGAUAUGCCCUCGUGUCCCGGAGGAGGACAGCAGACUGUCGCAGGGUUGACUAGCACGGCUACGUACGUCGUAGCAAUCAAUCGCGGUUACCCAGAGCUCUUGAAAAUCGAAUCUUCCGGUGUCGUAUGGCUCGAUCCCUUUGGCGUCGACAAGUCAUCCAUGAAGAGCAAAACAAAUGUUACGCUGCAUCUGGAAAAAACGCGACGUUCGACCGAGUCAAUCACUCCGGCCAAGUUGGCAUUCAAAGACCAUUUAAAGUUUGUCUUUCAACGCGAGGAAAAGACAUUGGACCUGAAAGCGGCACAGAAUCUCAUGCUGCACCCAGAGUCAUUGAUCUACGGCCAAGAAAAUCUUCGUCGCAGGAGCCAACUCGAUCUCAUUAAUGCCGUCGAGUUUCUAUCGGCCGAAUCGUACACUUCGGAACAACGGAUUAGCAUGGACGUCCUACCUCUUUCAGCCAUCUCAUAUCAACUGGGAUCCUUGGAUUAUGCUAAUGCCAAGGCCCUUUACAAGGAAUUAGCCAUUGCUCCCAAAAAUGAAAAACUCCACUCGGCCAGAAACAUUUUUUUGGAUCUGAUUCUGCAUUCUGGAAGCAACGUUGGUGUCAUUCUCAUCAGAGAUUUGAUCCUCGAAGGAUCGCUGGAUGUAUGGAGUGCUGCUCGCCUCGUUGCUUACGCUGGAAUUUACGUCAAAGAACCGUCAGAGAAGCUACUGCUGGAAUUCCAGCAAAUCACCGAAGCCAAAAUUUCGGGCGAAGGCGAUCAAUUGAACGUUUUUAAAAAUGCGGCUAUUCUGGCCGUUGCCAGUUUGGUCGGAAGAACUUGCUCCGCACCCAGAGUCUGUCGAACCGUCAAAAUCGACGAAUGGCAAAAGAAAUACUACGGCAUUAUUGCAUCAAGUUCAAAUUCGUUUGCCGAUCGAGCUCUUUACGUCCACGCCCUGCAAAAUGUCGGUUAUGGCCACACACUGGAUUCCAUGUUGGAAAUGGCAAUUAAGAGAGCUCCCCUCGAUGACGAGAGUGCCAAUGACCUGAGGGUCUAUAUUAUCAAAGGUUUAGCUCCGUACAAGACACAAGCCAAAGUUUGGAAUAUUUUAGUUCGACUACUCAGAGAUGUCAAGGAUAGUUUCCGAGUGAGGAUCGCUUCUGCUCAAGUGAUCCUCGAUGAACACGUUACUACAGAAAUGUUACAACUGAUGCAGCAGUUGCUGUCUAGAGAAAAUAACAGCCAAGUGCGUCAUUACGUUAUUUCGGCUAUCAAAACCAUCGCCAACAAUCACAACCCCUGCAACACUCAUGUGAGGGCAAGGGCUAAGCAAAUUCUUAAUGCGUUUGCUGACGAAAAAAUGGCCGCUUCGAGUAGUUCGGCCGAAUACGCUUUCGAUUUCCUCGACAGCCGUUCCUCGUUUGGCAGCCAACUCAAUUUGAAGACUACCAAUUCAGAAUUUGACGAUCUUACCGGUUUUGUGGCCGGUAAAGUUCUCUACUUUGUCAAAGGAGUGACUGUUCAGCCCUUUUCGUUCACAGUUCGGAUGUCUGGUAUGAGAAAAUACAUCACCAGUGUAUUCAGUUCGACCCUACAAAAGGAAGAUUUGGUUAUGUCCCGUAUUGCCGCAACGAUGGACGAUUUCAAUUUUGCACCCAGGAAAGAACUGGGAGUCAGCAGUUUGGACAUUGCCUUUAAAUUACACGGAGCGACAAUCAUGUUUUACAAUUUCGACAAAAACUUUUUAGCAUCGGCGUUAGCAUCUGCUACGAAUCUGGAAUUUCUUCACGAUUUAUCUUUUAAUAUUCAACGCUACGCUACAACGGGUGCUCUACUUUACACUCAGCCCAAUGGAUUAGGUAUCCCGGUUUCGUUCAUCUUCAGUGCUCCGAUCCUCAUCUCUUUGAAAGGAUCGAUAGCGAAAACCAAACAAGCCGGAACAGUUGGUCGCAACAUCAACCUCAAUUUAUACGGAGAGAUAUACGGGGAUCAUGGAAUCCUGACUCAUUUUACACCGUUGAACGUUACCCAGGGAGUAGUCCGUAACCGCAAGGCCAUUUUCAACGUGCCGCUCAGUUUCGAAGUGAUUGUCGACCCUAAAAAAAUGCAAACUGACGUCACCAUUGUCAACCCUAAAGCCACCAAUGCCAUAGAAAUCAGCUCGUUUGGUCGCACGAUCCUUACGCUUAGACCGUCCGAGUCUUCCUACGAAAAAGUCAAACGAGCUUGUCCGCAGUGUCUACCGGUGUUUGUAAUUUCAAGAAAAGACACAGUUUUAAAAACGGAAACUAUUGCCAAUUUGAGUUCUACCCUUAUGGGCACGGAAGCGCAUGCUCAAGUGUUCAAUUGCGAUGGAGGUCGUUCGGUUGGCAAACAAAUUCAAACGGUCCUCGAGGCCCUGAAUCCACUCAGUAUGAACUUCCGUGGAAGCCUAGCUGGAUGGGCAUAUUUGAGUUUUCUCCAACUGCAGCAUCACAUGUUUAUCCAGCCGGAAGCCCGCCAUUGCGGAUUUAGGGGUAGGAUUUUCAGAUCAAGCCAUCUUCCCGUCAAGGAGAUGAGCUUCCGCUUUAAAAUGAAAUCGAAUGUAAGCGACGAUGCGGAAGUGUCUUGGCAGUCGGGAAAAAUGUCAGUCAAAAUCGAAGUCAACUGGAAAGGAGAAACGGCAACUACGGAUCGCAAAGGAGAACUUGACAUGACCUACGAAUAUCGGAAUGCAGGAUCACGAAACAACGUCAACGUUCGCGCCUUUGUGGCUCGUUCGCCACAGCUCAACAUCCCCAAGGAUUUCUUGAUAUGUCUGAAGGCGGAAUCAACAUUUCAACCGACGCCUGUCGACGUCAUUGACAUUUCCAGUUACACCCAACCCCCCGUUGCGCAAGGAUCGAUUGAAUACGUCAUGGGAGACGUCUCUUCGUCUACCCAAUGCCCAACCGAUCAAUUUCGGUUUAAAAUGGGAAUCAAGGCCUCAGCUGGUAGCUGGGUGAUGCAAAGGAGAAGUGCAGCCAACAUUUGGCCGUACAAAGAAUGCGAAAGAGAAAAGAAAAAUCAAAACUGGGCCCCAGGAAUCGUUCCUCAAACGGAAGCCUGCUACCGUGCCGCACUCGACUUUACUACGCUUUCAAACUACAAUUUCGAGUUUAGAUUCGCAGCUGUUCCAUUCCAGCUGGAGAAAAUGAUGGGGAAAGUAGGAGACCUCAUCAGUCUGUCCCUUUUGCCUUACUGGAAGGCCGAACCCAACGCCAAUUCAGAACAAGUUGGACAGAGCAAGGAAGUCGGACGUAUGCAAGUCAACGUAACUUUUCUACCGGAUAAAGUAGAAGAGGGUCAUCAGAUGGUCAACUUGCACUGGGCUACUAACAACGUCAUCGAACGAUACGACCAUAUCAAUAUACCCGUUGGCCAAUUCCUAUUGCCAUCGACAAGUAUUUCGCAGACGGCUAGGAUCGCUUACGAGGGCGACGUCAUCCCCUCGUGCCUUGUGACGUCACAGUAUAUCCGAACAUUGGACAAAUUCAAAUUCAACAACACCUUUUCUCCUUGUUACACACUAGUCACGAGUGACUGCGGAUCAAAUCCCCUCUUUGGUGUUUUUGUUCGGCGUACGACCGGACUCUACCCACUGGCAACAAAAGUACAAGUAGGUGGACAUACGAUUGAAAUUAUGCCAGACGAAAGCGGUCGACGAAAGCAAUUUACCGUCAGGGCAAACGACCUCGAAAUAGAUGUAUCAAAUAAUUCAUACACUCUACCAGAGGGAAGAGACAAUUUCUACGUUUUAAAGGUACGAUAUCAAGCGCCUAUUUACAUCAUCUCUUCACCUGGAGCUGGACUUUUAGUGCACUACAGCGGGAGUCACGUUGCCGUGUUUCCCACUUGGUUUCACAAAAAUCAACACUGUGGUUUGUGCGGCAACUUCGACGGGGAGACUGACAGGGAGUGGAUCAGCCCACAGGGAUGUCCAGUUAACAACGCUACUGUACUGAUUGCCUCCUACACUUUGGGACAAACAUGCUACCCAAAUCAGGAAAAACUUACUUGUCCAGAUAGUAACUUACAAUAAAUCAAUUGCCUAUCAUUCAAGUCAGAUAUCUUUUAGACAUUAAUCCAAAGAUUGUGAACAUUUUAUUGCAAAAAGUCCUCUGGAAACCCUACAAAAAUGCCUAUUCAUAUGUCAAUGCUCCCAAAUGAGGCAGUGGUUUAAAAGACAUCCAAUACAUUAUUCAAGUUAA